AUGAAGUUAACAACGUUAUUUCUUUCGAUAUUCACAUUAAUUUCAGUUAGUCUCUGUGUUCCGGUUGAUUCAAACAAUGAAAUACAGUUAGCUGGUAGAGACUCCCUUGAUGGGCUAGUUUAUUUACAAGAAAAAGACUUUCUUCCUUCUGUUGAUCAGGUAGGAACAUCUAAUAUAGAGAAAAGAGACUAUGCUAUUUUAACAGAAUUUUUCACUGCGUUAAAUAAGACAGGGUUAGUACCAAAAUUGGUCAAGAUUUUGGCAACGAAUAAAAUAACAGAACCAUUGUUAGUAACAGGAAUUGUUGGAUUUUUGAAGAUAAGCAAUUUGGAUGAUUUGCUUACAUCCGUGGAUAAGUCUGGUCUCACGGUAGACAUACUCGUUGCAGCGCUCACUAACGCUGAUUUCCUUCCUGGGGCAUACGAAAUAAUAAAUGGAUUGAGAACUGGAGCAACUACUACACCAUCUAGCUCAACUUUAAAUAUUGUUUCAUUGACUACUGACAUGACCUCUGUGGCUAAAGUCUAUAAGCUGUACAGUGGUUUGAGCUCAGUUUUCAGCGAAAUAGGCCUGAGUCUCAAAAUUGGCCAGUCGAGUAGUGGAAUAUUCUCUAUUUUGAAUCCGAUUUUAGUUGCUGUUGGUAUUAAGGGAGGAAGCACUAGUGCGGCAUCUUCGUCUCUUGCCAAAUUAGGUUACUCUACAACUGCAGCCUCUGCUCAGAGUACUGCUACGGGUGAAGCUACGAUUACAUCUGCUGAUAUAACCGGAACUACAGAUGCUGCAGUGACUACGGGAGCUACUAAGACUUCCGUAACCUCAACUUCAGCUAGCACCACUACCCUGUCAGCUUCGACUUCGACUUCAACAUCUUCGAGCUCUUCAAGCACAAGUUUAUGGGAUCGUAUCAAGAGUAUAUUCAAGAAGCGUGACAUGAAAGAAAUUGCAAAGAGAGAAGUCUCUAUUGAAAAAAGGGACAACGAGGUCCUCGAUAACUUGGUUGAAUCUUUAGAAAAGUCAGGGCUUGCAAUGUCAAUUGUAAAUUUGAUAAUACUUGACGACACAAUGUAUCCAUUCGCUAGGGAUUUGAUCAAGAAGAUUGUCACUGACAAAGCUAUCACACUUAAUGAGUUGUCCUCCGCUUUGAACAGUACAAACUUAUUAAAUGAUGGCAUCAUUGAUACUUUGUCCAGUGGUCGCCUUGGCAUAACCUUCUGA